AUGGAAUCUCUCUUUCAAUAUCAACGUAUCAGACAAGCUGUUCGUGAACAACUAGCGGAAAUCAAAGAAAAAUGCAGCUGCGAGAAAUAUACACUUGGAUCACCACACGCCUCGAGCUGUCAGUUAUACAAUGCUUCGGUUUCAGUUCCGCUGAAACAAUUCUCACUUCAAGCAAAACCCACCGCCGAUUCCCAUAUCAUUGUGGACUGGGAUAGUCACGAUGAUCCUUUGAACCCUGCAAGCCAGAGUGUGUCGCGGAAGUUGUUUAUGACCUUUCUGGUCUCUUUACUUGCUUUUUCAGUAACCGCCGCAUCCUCCAUUGAUGCUUGUGGCGUCCCACAAUACAGUGAAGACUUCAACGUAUCCGAAGUAGUCGGAUCUCUUGCAACAGGUUUAUUUCUGGUCGGCUUUGGGGCCGGUUCUCUCCUUUCAGGUCCAUUCUCCGAGACUUUUGGCCGGAACGCCGUCUACCUGAUAACUAUGGUCAUUUUUCUCAUUUUUAUCAUGGCCGCGGCACUCGCUCCAAACCUCCACAGCCAUCUUAUCUUUCGUUUUCUUGCUGGUUUCUUUGGCUCUACUCCACUCAGCUGCGCUGGUGGUACGGUAGCUGAUUUGUGGAAUCCAGUACAAAAGACGUACGCUUUUCCAGCCUAUGCUAUUCCAUCAUUUUUGGGACCAAUGGCUGGGCAGAUAAUAGGCAGCUAUAUUCCUAAUAAUUUGGGAUGGCGUUGGCUUGAGUGGAUUAUGCUUAUUAUGGGAGGCGCGAUUCUUCUUCUUGUUCUUCUGUUGCAGCCAGAAACAUACGGACCUCUUCUUCUGUAUUGGAAAGCAAAGAUUCUCCGCGAAGAAACUGGGGACGAGAGAUACAAAGCUCCGAUGGAGAUGAAAAAUGAAUCUUUGGGCCGGCGGCUGCUCACCUCAGUAUAUCGGCCAUUUGUGCUGGUUUACUCUGAGUUGAUUAUCAUCUUGAUGUCGCUCUACCUUACCGUUCUUUAUAUUGUCCUCUUCACCUUUCUGGAGGGAUAUACAUACGUUUUUCGUCAUACAUAUGGGCUUUCACAGGAGAUGACGAGCAUAAUCUGGGUGGGGAUGCUAUGUGGAAUUGUUCUUGUUAGCUGCCUGGUUCCGGUAGUAUACUCUUGGACUGCCAAAGAGUACAAGAAGUCUUCUACUAUUGCUCCUGAAAUGCGACUGUGGUAUGCAAUGCUGGGUGGUGCUCCAGCGGUGCCAAUAAGUUUGUUCUGGAUGGGUUGGACCAGCUAUCCGUCCAUCUCAAUUUGGUCUCCUAUCAUUGCCUCCGCCUUAUUCGGGUAUGGGAUCACGACCAUUUUCAUCUCCGCAUACAUGUAUAUCAUAGAUUCCUAUGAUGUAUACUCGGCAUCUGCAUUGGGGUUCCUUGUUUUUACCAGAUAUAUGGUGGCAGGCGGAAUUACGGUUGCCGGUGGGCCUAUUUACCGUUCUAUCGGUGUUCAUUACACGUUGACCAUCUUGGGGGCCAUCAGUACAGUCAUGGCCACAAUUCCGUACCUGCUUUAUGUGUAUGGCCCGAGAAUUCGCAAAUACAGCAAAUUUGCUGUCAACAUCGGUGCAGAGUAA